AUGAAAUUCCUUCCCCAUUAUCAGCUUGAACAUUUCUUAAUUUUAAAUUAUCAUUUUGCUGAAUUUCUUUUCCAUUUUCCUUUUUUUGUUUGUAUCGACGUAUGUUUUCAAGCACUUUAUCUCUAUUAUUUUUGUAGUAUUUUCGUUUACGUUCUCGGAUCUUUUCUUUAUUUUUCUCAUAAUAAGCCUUAUCAUAUCUGUUAGUUUUUAAAUUGUCCUCUUUUUUAUUUUUAAAUUUUGGUUUUAAAGUUUCUCUAUCUUCUUGAUUUGGAAUAUCAUGCAAAAAACUCAAAUCAUCCAAAAAGUUCUCAUCAGCCACCUUUCUUAUAUCAUCAUCUAUUUGUUGAAUAAGAUAUGUUCAACUUCCACACAAUUAACAAUUCCUUGUUCUAACUGAACAUUCUCUUUGAUCGGUUCAUUUCCUUUAUUAUCACGAGCAGCGUUCUGUAGCUUAUCAUAUGAAGUUCCUUCCCCAUUAUUAGCUUGAACAUUUUUUAAAUUUGAACUAUCAUCUUGUCUAAGAAACUUUUCAUUUCUCUUCUUUUGGCGGUAUUCUCGCUUGUAAUCAACCAAUUUAUCUUUAUUAUUUUUGAAGUAUUUUCGUUUACGUUCUCGGAUCUUUUCUUUGUUAACCUUUUGGUAAUUUCGAGCAUAUUCUUUAUUAUUUUUAGUAGUUUUUAACUUGUCCUUUUUUGUAUUUUUAAACUUUUCUUUAUUCUUUUGAUAUCUCUCUUUAUCAUAUUCUUUUUUCCUUAACUUUUU